AUGGAAGAUGAUAAAUCAGAAUCGGAGGAACAGAAAACGCCCAAGGCCCAGCCACUCACGCCGGAGCUGGUGGAAUACUGCAAGUUCUGCUCAAUGCCGUACGACUUCUGCGACUUCGGCGACAAGUGGGAGACCGGGGUGUGCUUCAAGGAGUGCUCGCUGCGAUACCCGGACAUCUUCCCGCUCGACAAGUUGACCUUUGACAACCUGUCCUUCUCGUCGCUGACGGUGAAGGGAAAGAAGAAGCCAGCGAAGGAGACGCCCGCGGAGAUCGUGAUCCAGAAGGCGGCGAGGACGAAGCGCAAGGCGAUAACGUCAGUGACAGGACUGCACUUGUUUGGCGUGAAGCUGGAGGAAGCAUCGAAGCUGUUUUCAAAGCAGUUUGCAACUGGAGCGAACGUCGUCAAGGGCGUGCCAGGCCAAGUAGAUAGAGUAGACAUACAGGGCGACGUGGAGGAACAGCUGGUGGAGCUGCUGACCACCAAGUACCCGGAAAUAACCGAAGAUAAAAUCGUGAGGAUGCAGGCGAAGACGAAAUAG